UGUUCAUUGGAUAUCUUAUCGGGCAGAAAUACGAUGGAUUUGAUCCUAAAUGUCGUAUAGACGUUGAAAAAACAUUACAGUCUGUGAAAAGGUGCCCGACCACAGCCAAGGAGAAUAGGGAUGCCGCGAUCAGAAAAGGAUGCAACCAGAUACCAAACAAUUGCGCUAUAUUUGUUUAUCACUGUCUCCCUAACAGUUUUUUUAAUGAUACUUAUGAACUAUGCUCCCCAAUCAGACAAAUUGUUCAUGAACGCUGCGCAGAAUUCAACAUUGGAGGUUUUGUCAUACAGGGCAAUCAACACAGAAACUGUAAAUCUUGUCCGAAAUUUUAUUUGUCGAACGGUUCAUAUCAAUAUUCAGAAUGUUACGACCAAGUGAUGAGAGAGGUGGAAGAUGUAAAUACAUUCCAUUCAACUACAGAACUUCCAACAUCAGAUUCAACUGUAGCAGAUGAUGAUGCGGAAAAGACAAACAAUAACAAUUGGAUAUUUGGUGUACUUUUUGGUAUACUUGUUUGUGUUAUUGUUUGUUCUGUUGCAAUUGGCCUCUAUAUCAAACGGCGUAGAGAAGGUAAUCCUGUACGUACACCUUCAGUGACUUUCAAUAACAAUAAUGAAGAUCCAGAAUCUCAAACUACAGCGGCUCAAAAGGUCAAAACCAAAUACAAAUAUUUCAAGGAAUUGAAUCGAAAGACACAGUUUGAAAGACGUCGAUAUUUGUCUGAAGGUGACAAAGAGGAAAAUAUUCCAUUAACACUUCCAUCCAAAUAUCAAUCACAGGAUUAUAGCUCAGAUGAAGCACAGGAGAACACACCACUUUUAGGCAGAAAGAACGCUGAUUCAAGCGCUAUCAAAGAAGAUUUCGAUGAAGUGAAGAACAGAAUUACAGAGUUUGACUUUAAGGCUCCUGUGUGCAGAGAAGAUAUCAGACAAAACAGUCAGGAAACACCAACUGGCGGCGACCUUGGUAGAUCUAAGAGAAACGUAAGAAAAUACUCUGAUGCAGUUGAAGCUAGGGUAUAUGUAAGACCUAGAAGAAGAGUGAAGUCAGAAUCAGAAGCAUCUGCCUCUUCUGCGCAGCUUUCUUAUAUUACCGAGGGUGGAAACUGUGAUAAACAGAUAUCAUUCAAAUGUUUAAGUGGUUGAAGAAUAACAAACAUCAUUAAAUUUUCUCUUUGAAAAUUUCAUUAAUUUUGAGUCAAAAUACUCUGAUUUUUGUGACUUAAGAA